AAAAGACAACACCUACCGGUGACGAAAUAGGGUGUGUGUGCAACCAGGCUACAUAACUAUGGCGGUCGAACUAAGGGUUAGCUAGAGUACCACACUAGUAGUUUUCACUUCUUUAGCUUAGAUCAACGACAGAAAGAAAGUUACCCCGUGAAAGGACUACGCAUUCUUUGGACUGGAGAUUUACAUGUUUAUCAAGGGACAAGUCCCGAGGGCACAGUUUUAGAGAUGCGACGACUCAACGAAGUGUUGUUGGACCGGUUUCACCACCGUAUGUAGUCAGCCGCAGAAACGUUUGUGCCAUGAUGUGAGAAACAGUCUGCGCCUACUUGACACAACAGUGACCGCUUCGUACGAGCAUUUUCGCCAAUAUGGAUACUUAGGAGAAGAAAAGGGCGACAGGCUUGACUUAGAAGUUACGGUGGAUAAGUAAGAAGGUGUGCUGUCUACAAAUAGUGUCACGCGAAGGAACCAGGUGCAACCAUGAGUGACUUGGCGACCCGCGCGUCUCGCGGCCUGGCGAAUGUCGCCUCUGGCUUGAUCAAGUUCAACGUCGAGCAGAAGAAACAGCCCAUGCGGCGGGACUAUUCUGCGCACGAGCAGAUCAUGCAGUCUGACGAUCAGAAUGCGCUGUCGGUCCCGGACCAGCUCGACGGUCAGGAUGGGUACCAGUACGAGGGUUCCCCGCGCAUGGGCAGACGACAUGGGCUGACGUCCGGUCACAGGGAAGCCGCCAUGGCCUCCUCACAGGCCUCGCGCACAACUACGUCACUACAGAAGGACCUAGAGAUGGCUUCCUUCUCGGCUUCCGGGGCCGGGCCGCCCAUGAAUCCAGAGGAGAGGCGGCGGCAACUGGAGGAACGCCGGAAAUACAAGCACACGGUGGCCCGGCGGGCCCGUACCAUGGCCUACUACAACCCCAUCCCCGCACAGAAGAACUGUAUCACCGACAACCGGUCUCUCUUCAUCCUGAGGGAAGACAACAUCAUCCGGAGGUACUGCAAGAGAAUAACGGAGUGGGGGCCAUUUGAAUAUUUUAUUCUCCUUACGAUCAUGGCGAACUGCGUGGUUCUAGCGAUGGAGGACCAUCUCCCAAACAAGGACAGGACUCCGCUUGCCAUCAAACUGGAACUCACGGAACCGUACUUUUUGGGCAUAUUCUGCGUGGAAGCCGCCGUGAAAAUAAUCGCCCUGGGCUUUGUACUACAUAAAGGCUCGUACUUACGGAACGGCUGGAAUAUCAUGGAUUUCGUAGUCGUAGUCACCGGCCUCAUGUCUACCUUUGUCCAAAGUAACAAUGUCGAUUUGCGCACCCUUCGAGCCGUGAGGGUGUUACGACCACUCAAGUUGGUGGCAGGAAUACCAAGUCUUCAGGUUGUAUUGAAAUCCAUCAUCCGUGCCAUGGCGCCCCUGCUGCAGAUCGCCCUCCUGGUGUUGUUUGCCAUCCUCAUUUUUGCCAUCAUAGGCCUUGAGUUCUACACUGGGAUCUUUCACCUGGCCUGCCAUAACAAUGUAACAGGGGAGCUCGUAGAGGAACAAGUCUGCGGUGCAAACUUUUCGUUAGUGAAUAGUACCUUGUACAUGUGUAAUGAGGGGGAGCUGUGCAUCGAGUACUGGGACGGACCCAACAACGGGAUCACCAACUUCGAUAACAUCGGCUACGCCAUGUUGACCGUCUUCCAACUGAUCACCAUGGAGGGCUGGACCCAAGUGCUAUACUGGUGCAAUGAUUCCCUGGGGAACAGCUUCAACUGGCUGUACUUCAUCCCCAUCAUCAUCCUGGGCUCGUUCUUCAUGCUCAACCUGGUCCUUGGUGUCCUCAGUGGAAUGUUUGCCAAGGAGAGAGAACGAGUAGAAAACAGGAGGGAAUUCCUGAAGAUGAGACGCCAAGCACAAAUAGAAAAGGAGCUCAACGGAUACUUAGAGUGGAUCUGCAAAGCCGAGGAGGUGAUUCUUGCUGAAGCUGCCCAGCGUGAGGAGGUAAUAUUAGCAGAAGACAAAGAAGCUGAGCAAAAGAGGAAAGCCAAACAACGCAAGCUUGGAAAAGGGAAAGGAGCUUCCCAAGAAGGAGAUGGCUUCUCUAACAAGAAAGAGGACGAGGGUGGGACCUGUCCAAGCUGGAAGGUAUUUGAGAAGAGAGUCCGAUAUGGCAUAAGGCGCAUCGUGAAGACCCAGGUGUUCUACUGGGGUGUGAUCUGCCUCGUAUUCCUCAACACUAUCUGCACUGCCAUGGUUCACCACGGACAGGACCCUCUACUCACAAACUUCCUAGAUUUUGCCGAGAUUGGCUUCCUCUGCCUCUUCAUACUGGAAAUGCUUGUGAAGAUGUAUGGGCUGGGUCCCAAACAGUACUUCAGAUCAGCGUUCAACCGCUUUGACUGUGCUGUCAUCAUUGGGAGCAUAUUUGAAGUGGUGUGGACUACCCUGAAACCAGGACAAUCCUUCGGCAUUUCAGUACUCCGAGCUCUUCGUCUCCUCAGGAUAUUCAAAGUAACAAAGUACUGGGGAGCGCUGAGCAAUCUUGUAAUUUCCCUGCUGAACUCGAUGCGCUCCAUCAUCAGCUUGUUGUUCCUUCUCUUCCUCUUCCUGCUCAUCUUUGCCCUUCUAGGGAUGCAGCUGUUUGGAGGAGAGUUCAACUUUGACGAUGGCAGGCCCGCAAGCAACUUUGAUACCUUCCCAAUAGCAUUGCUGACAGUAUUCCAGAUCUUGACCGGUGAGGAUUGGAACGAGGUAAUGUACGCUGCCAUCAAGGCUAAGGGAGGAGUCAAAGGGCAGGGAAUGAUCUACAGCUCCUACUUCAUCAUUCUCGUCAUGUUUGGCAACUACACCCUGCUCAAUGUGUUCUUGGCCAUCGCUGUUGACAACUUGGCCAAUGCCGAAGAAAUUACAAAAGGCGAUGUAGAAGAAGACGAGGAGAAAGCUAAAGCUCGAGAACAGAAGAUUAAGGAGGAACUGAAAGAUUUCAGCCCCACCUCUGGCCCUCCACAUGGCCCUACCACCAUUAUAGCUUUAGAGGACAAGAAAAAGUUAGCAGACAACUCGCCUAGAACCAACCACGACACUGUGGACGGCCGCGGCCGCUCGCAAAGUCGCGGGGGUGACAGGACUCGAGGUCGCUCCCCGCUGGAUCCAAGGGCCCCGCAGGAGAGACAGUCGCGUAGGGACCGCCCCCGCCGCAGGCCGCCCAGUAACAUUCCCGAAGAAUUCCAGAGGAAUAACCCGGCCAGGUCCAGCCGCCAAUCGCGUGACAGCAGCCUGCCUCCCGACGGCCGCGCAGGCCCCCGUCACCCCAGGAUGGACGGGAACCGGAGGAACCGCGACUCCAGUCUGGACGGUGGGAUGGGUCCUCGGAGGAGAGACAGAAGUAGUUCUGAUGCGAGGAACGACCCGGGGAGGAGGAGCCGGCGCGACAUCGGCAGGACGCCGGACGAUGACCAGCGGAAACGGCGCCGCCGCAGGCAGCCAAAUGACCAAGACACCGACGUCACAGACAGUGGCAUAGACACAUUACAAGGCAGAAGACGUCACAAAAGACGGGAUGCUGAUGAGAGAGAUGAGUUUGGUAAGUCCAUGCAGAGAGAUGAGCAUGGUGAUAGGAGAGGCACUAUGGAUGGUGAUGGAGAAAAAGCAGAGCAUAAAGAGGAAUACGGGGAGCCCAAACCGAUGGUGCCUUAUAGUUCCAUGUUCAUCUUCUCCACCACCAAUCCCGUGCGUCUUGCUGCCCAUUGGAUCAUCAACCUGCGGUUCUUUGAUCCCGCCAUCAUGUUUGUUAUUGUCUGCAGUAGUAUCACACUAGCAGCUGAAGAUCCUGUCAACAAAGUCUCGCAGAGAAACGAGAUCCUGAAAUAUUUUGACUAUGUUUUCACUGGGAUUUUCACAUUUGAAAUGACCAUAAAGUUGAUUGACAUGGGAGUGGUGUUACACAAGGGUGCCUACUUCAGGGACCUUUGGAACUUUCUGGAUGCAGUGGUUGUGACAGGUGCUCUGGUCGCCUUUGCAUUCAGUGGUUCCCAAGGAGGAGGGAAGAAUCUGAACACUAUCAAAACACUUCGGGUGUUGAGAGUGCUCAGACCGCUUAAGUCUAUCAAAAGACUACCGAAACUCAAGGCCGUGUUUGACUGUGUAAUCCACUCCAUCAAGAACGUCAUCAACAUCCUGAUUGUUUACAUGCUGUUCCAAUUCAUCUUUGCCGUGGUGGCCGUGCAGCUCUACAAGGGCAAGUUCUACUACUGCACCGACGCCUCCAAGAACAAGGAGGAAUCCUGCCAGGGUUAUUAUUUAGAAUAUAACGAUGACGAAGUCAACGUGCAACCCAGGGAGUGGAAGCGAAGAGACUUCCAUUAUGACAAUGUGUUUUGGGCCCUCCUAACACUCUUCACUGUCACUACUGGGGAAGGAUGGCCAGCGAUCUUGCAGUGGUCCAUGGAUUCCACCACGGAAGACACCGGACCAUCUCCAGGCUACCGUAAAGAAAUGGCUAUCUACUACGUGGUCUACUUCGUUGUGUUUCCGUUUUUCUUUGUCAACAUUUUUGUGGCCUUGAUCAUCAUCACCUUCCAAGAGGAAGGUGAAAAGCAGGCACUAGAAUCCGGCAUUCUAGACAAAAACGAGAGAAAUUGUAUAGACUUUGCCAUGAAUGCCAAGCCUAUGACCAGAUAUAUGCCCGAGAACAAGAAGUCCUUCCAGUUCAAGAUGUGGAAGUUCGUGGUCUCCCCACCGUUCGAGUACUUCAUCAUGGCCAUGAUCGCGCUGAACACCGUCGCCUUGAUGUGCAGGCAUUAUAAACAGACUGCAGACUGGGACGAAAUUCUUAACUACUUCAACAUUGCCUUCACUUCCUUGUUUGGACUGGAGUGCAUCCUGAAGAUGAUAGGCUUUGGACCAAGGAAUUACUUCCGCGAUGCAUGGAACGUGUUUGACUUCAUCACGGUUGUCGGUAGCGUAACGGACAUCCUGGUGUCCAACUUUGGGGGAGACUUUGCGGACAACUUCAUCAGCCUGAGCUUCCUGAGGCUUUUCCGAGCCGCUCGACUCAUCAAACUGCUCAGGCAGGGAGAGACCAUCCGGACUCUGCUCUGGACAUUUAUCCAGUCUUUUAAGGCCUUACCCUAUGUUGUCCUGCUCAUCGCCAUGCUGUUAUUCAUAUAUGCCAUUGUGGGAAUGCAGGUUUUUGGUAACAUAGCUCUAGAUGAUGAAACUGAGAUCCACAGGCAUAACAACUUCAGAACCUUCAUACAAGGGCUCAUGGUUCUAUUCAGGUGUGCGACAGGAGAGGCAUGGCAGGAGAUCAUGCUGUCCUGUUUACCAGGAGCAGAGUGUGAUGCACAGAGCGAGGACCCCGGCCCCAACUGUGGCAGCACAUUCGCCUACUUCUACUUCACAUCCUUCAUCUUCCUCUGCUCCUUCUUGAUGUUGAAUCUGUUUGUUGCUGUCAUCAUGGACAACUUUGACUACUUGACACGGGACACGUCCAUCCUAGGCCCCCACCACUUGGAAGAGUACAUCCGAGUCUGGGCUGACUUUGACCCAGGAGCAACUGGCAGGAUAUCAUACACUGAUAUGUUUGACCUGCUGAAGCAGCUCAAUCCACCACUGGGCUUCGGAAGGAAGUGUCCUGCUAGAGUGGCCUAUAAGAGGUUGAUCCGAAUGAACAUGGCCGUAGACGACAACAAGACCGUCCAUUUCACCACCACCCUGUUUGCCUUGAUCCGGACUUCUCUCAACAUCAAGAUAGAUAAACCUGAGCUACAGAACAAGGCAGAUCGAGAGCUGAGAGACGCCUUAAUCAACACCUGGCCACAAGUGCCCAGGAAAACCAUCGACAUGCUCAUGCCACCUGACGAAGAGCUGCGGAAAGACCGCCUGACUGUGGGUAAAAUCUACGGAGCUCUGCUACUACAUGACUACUUUAAACAGUGGAAGGCAAAGAAACUCAAAGAACAGACAAGAGGCGAUGGAAGGAAGGUACUACGACAACAGAGCUCAUUUUUCCAGAGAAUGAUCAACACCUUUACUCCCUCCAAAGAGGAUGUAAGGGCAGAAAAUGCGGGUCCUGCUCUACCAGGUGCCCAACAGCCUAAACUUUUUGGAAACGCAAACUUAAAUGUGCCAGAUAGAGAUGGCAAUCCACAUCCAACAGCUACUGCUAGUAGCUCCAACAAUCCAAACCACUCACAGGCAAUUGAGAUGAGACCUUUGGAGAACAACACGAGAACUAUUGAGACAGAACCUUCAAGGUCAACCUCCAUGUCCAAGUUUGGAGCACCACAGUAUGAUAGGGAUGCUGUAAGGAGAUCGGCGUCCAUGCAGGCCAACGGUAGGACAGGUCAUCCUGCGGUCCAACAAGAGACCAAUGUAGACGCACCUCUUCCACCCCGUGCUGUACCACAGCAGCCACAUCUGUACAGCCAACAUGAGCCGCAUGUCACGGCCAACAUGGCCCGGCCACAGGAGCCUUAUUCUGCACCGCACGAGAUACAAACAAGGCCCUCCCCCGCUCACAGACAUGACCUUGCCAUCCCCCAGACCACCGUUACCCGCACCCACAGCUCCAACUAUCUCCAAGAUGAAGAGCCAGGCAGACAGCAGCGGAGGAUGCUCCCCACCCUACCCGUCUCCAGGAGUGGCAUCCUCUCCGUGGGGAACCACUCCCCGCCCAAAAAGUCCUCCCCUCCAAGAACUCCCCCCAACCACACCCCCACCAGGAGAAAACGAAGUGCCUCCCCAGACCCCGCCAACCCCCGCAUCCCCGCCCCUACCCACGGCCUCACCUCUGGAUACGCCCAGCCACGAUAUCCCCAUAACGAUGCCCCCAGGCAGCGCCCGUCCCGUGCAUCUGCUUCCAUGGUGUGUCAAUCACCCUCCCCGGAGGACGACCUAGCUUACGAGUACAUGCCUCACCAGUCCCCCUCAGUUAACUCUGAACUGUACUACGUAGAAGACAACAACUAUGAACAGGAAGGCCCAUUUCCAGACGAGGAGCUAGACGAGCUUCAGUACGACAACACUUUAGAUUAUUUGACCUUUGAGGUUGCGGCAGCGACGUCAAAUUCCCCCAUGUCCCAACAGAAUUCCCCGGAAAUGUACGGCAGCGAAGGGAGUUACCGGAAACGGAACAUGCCAGCCAGGCAAGACAGCAGCGGGAUCGGCCGCUCGUACAGUGACUCUGACGAAGAAUCUGAUUGGUGCUAAUGACAAGUGUUUUAGUCUUCUCCAUUGAAGUUGAGUCACAUGACCUCUCUGUAGCAUCCCGAUUGGUUGGACUGGACCACACGAUAAACUGCUGUUGCCUAUCUAGACAUGGGCGCUUACACGUUAGCCUGCACGCGAGAUCCAGACCGUGGAUCCCAAAAUGAAGGACCAAGAAUUCUGUGCUCUUCAGGAAGACGCCACCGUGCAGGAUGUACAGGAACUGCACCUAACCAGACAGGCUGCUGUCACGGGGAGGAACCUUGACAUGUACAGCCCCAGAGGAAAACAGUUCCAUCCCCUGGAUCUACACUGACAAUGUCAGCCACAGAUGACCAAGACGUCACGUGGAGGCCUUUGUGUUGAUAAAUCAAAAUGAAAUGUGUUGGAGCAUCAAACAAUCAUUCUGCCUUUUUAUGUCAUUUGACAGGCUCUUUCUUUUUAUUCCCAUGGAAUUCUAUGAGAGCCAUGACGUGGACAUUGUGGGGAUGUCAAACCUUGUUGAUGUCUGCUGUAAUGUUUAUUUGAUAAAUAAGUUGAAAAUGCAUGUUGGGUUCUUUUCAUGCACUAGUUUACCGCCAAAGGUGGUCCUGAAAAUGUGGAACAAUUAUGAUGUCAAUGUAAGCACUUGCCUGAUGUUAUGGUUUUAUUUAAGAUAGAAGAAUUGGAGUGAUUUUUAAAAAAAUGUUAUGUGCAAUUAAGUCCUUGGAAGUCUUUGUUGUGACAAAAUGCUGAAGUCAGACGAAUAAUCUCCAGGCUUUGCCUGAUGUUUGUGUUGUAUGACUUUUUCACAGAUUAUCGCAGUUUCUUACCAUUUUUAAAAGAAUUUACACAAAUAAUCGAAACCAUUUUGUACACCAGAAGGUUUCUGUAUUUUAGGUAAGAUCCAGGAAGAGUUGUAUAAAUGCCAAAGCUAGAAUAUUGGACAUGCCAAAACUAUUUCCAGUGCAGUCCAGGCAAGACAGUAGCAUUGUAGAGGGAAGUAAUAGUAUCAUAGCAUGAAUCCUUAUCCAAUCUACAUGUAGUGGUUGAUGAUUUUCUAGAAAAUACAAUGUAUCUUGCACUACCACUUCUUGCUUGAGCAAACUGUAAAGAUUUCUGCACAGAUUGUAUCUCAACUUUGCCCAAUGUUAUUACUAAUACAAGGGCCUAUCUUUUUCUGGCUCUGGAUAUAGGGGUAGCUUUUGAUGGGGAGGCACCAUUACUUAGCGACGGGCCCCACAAUACAGUUUAUAAUGCCCACCUGUCCUGUAAUUGAGGGAGGGGGAGUCCUCUUAUCAAACCAUUCCAGGAAACAACAGGACUGAAACCCAGGAUCUGUAAAAUGAAUUUCAAAUCAUCUAAUGCCAUGAGCAUUAGUCAUUUUUUGGCGACGCCUCAGAGGCGAGCCAAAUGUAUAUUAUAGCAUAUGGUUCAAGCCAACUGGUCUAUCACAGAAUAACACACCAUUGGUUUUGAUUACAAAUGUAUGGAAAUGCCAUCUAGUAUCUAGAGGCUCAUUUUGAAAUCAAGAACACAUACAUACAUGGUCAAUGCAAUGGAGUUCUGAAGGCUAGUAUUGUAGCAUACAAAUUCAAUGAACACGAAAGACUAUUCAGAAUCUCAGCUUUCCAAUACUAAGUUGAGGAAGGAGACAAUUUCGUGGAUUACUUUUAUGACCUUGAAUAUAUGGUUGACCUUGAAGGUUCCAUCAAAAGUGACAAUGAUUAUCAAAAUGGUCUCAUGAAAAAAAGCCUCCCUCUUCCGAACAGUCCUGUUUUUUUCUCCUGGUGGUCAGAAUUUUUCUACAGAAGUUAGUGCAAAAAAAAAGAUAGCGGCAAGGUGUUUGCCUUUAUACAUUCCUGUAUAGCGUAUUUGUGAGAGAUAUCUAUCCCCCAGUGUGCAAUGGAGAUGUUGGAGAUUACAAUGGUUCCAGAUUGAAUACAGUGUACUUUACAAUACAAUAAUCCAAGUAUAGAGGAACGUGCACCAAGGAAUGGUCAACUUGCUUCAGAAUUAUUGGUCACAACUCAAUGAUGUCAACUAAAAGGCAUUCUGAUGAUUACAAUUUUCAUUUGGUUCCAGCAUACUAUAAUUGUAAAGACAAAUUAUGACUGCUCGCCGAUUGAUAGCUUGUUUUUUCUUCACGUCUUUGUUUUACUGCCAGUGAAAACAAUAAUUAUUGGUUCUGAUAUUUCAAAUGCAGUAAUUUUGCACGCUCAUUACAUGAGCAGCUUGAAGUUUACAAAAGGCCAUUAGAAUAAGGGAACUGAAAAUAUUCAAAGCAAGCCAUGCACUUAAUAUGUUUAUUUAUGUACAAAAGAGGAGCCACAAGAGAGUACAAUGAAAUUGAUGACUGUAUAGACUUAUUAUAAUUAUAGGACAUGGAGUCUUCUUUAUUAUCAAAGCCACAUUUGCUUGUAUGUCCACCCCUGAACAAUAUGCUGUAACAGUAUAGACUAAAUGUUUGACUGAAUAUUUUGGCAAUUGAAGAGAUCUUUACUAAUAUUUCUGGUUGACAUCUCUUCCUUCGUAUUAGAUCUGCAGCUGUUUGAUCAAUGACAAAAUUUGAAUCUUUCCCAGGCCUAUCAGAGGAAAGACACGAUUCAGUACAGUUCUAUUAUGGGGCACUAAUUUAGGAUAAAAUUCAACAUUCUUAACAUUGAUAGUCAUGGGGUAAACACGCAACACUAUAGGGGAUGGAUUACCAAAUUAGCUUUGCAAUACGAUACAUGCAACAUCAAUAACUUUACAACACAUUUACCUACAUUUCCAACCUUGAGUCUUAACCCCAACAGCAAAGCUGUAUUUGUCAGGUUUGGUUCAAAUAGUGGGAGAUCAUCUUUGGCAUAAUGAGAUACUACCAGAAGAUUGAAAUAACACCAGGUUUUCACCCCCUGUCCUAAUGGGUAAGUUCAGCAUGUGAGCUGCCGUUCAGGGUUCAACUAAUACUGACACCUCAGGACAUGGCAAAAGUCACAAUUCUUUGCCAGAUUAAAAAUGCUUCUGUCCUCCCUAGCAGAAAACUGGACCUUAAAUGAUCAAAAUUUACACUGGAAAAAAACUAUUUGAAACUUCAGGAUAAUUCAAUACUUAAGUUGAGGGUAGGCAUGCUGCACUCGCCUUCACAACUUUCUUAAAGCUGGCCCCUCCCCUAUUUGUUUAUAUAUUAAGACUUGUUGCAUGAUAAUUGUCAUCUAGAAUCAUAUCAAAUAAAGGGUCCCUACGCCACUAAGUGUGGCUACUAGUAUCUUCAGAAUCUGUUAAU